UUUUUUGUGAAACAUGAGAGACGAAAUGUGAAAUCGGUGCAGAUGUGAGGGACGAAACUGUAUUUUUUCCGUCAUGAUUUAUUGCAUGUUUUGUUUCACUUUAUAUCAACUACAUAUAUAUCUACAUAUAAACCAACCAGUUGGAUAAGUAGCCCAAAAGAAGAAACAAAAGAAAAGUAACAAUGGAUGGGCUGUAUGUAGUAGCAACCUUCUCAAUCUCAAUUUUGUUCAUGUCCAUUUUAUGGUACAUCAAAACCUCACUAGAAAGAAGAAAAAAUCCUCCCCUGCCACCUGGUCCCCUCGGGCUUCCAAUCCUCGGAUAUUUGCCGUUUCUCGGCAACAAUCUAUUCGAAAAAUUCACAGAAUUGGGACACAAAUAUGGUCCGAUAAUCAGUCUAUAUCUCGGUAACAAACUCUGUGUUGUGAUAAACUCACCAUCACUCGUAAAAGAGGUUGUUCGCGAUCAAGACUCUGUUUUCGCUAACCGCGACAUUCCCGCUGUAGCAAUCGUUGCCACUUACGGGGCGAACGACGUCGUUUUUUCCGAGCUCAGUUCCAUGUGGCGAGCGAUGAGAAAAAUAUUCGCUCAAGAGAUGAUGAAUGCCAAAAGUCUCGAUGCAUCCUAUAAUCUUCGCAGGGACCAGGUUAGAACGGCAGUUAGACAAGUCCACGCUAAGAUUGGAAAGACCGUCGAAAUCGGACCGUUGAUUUUUCGCACCGAGCUAAAGGUCAUGAUGAACAUGUUGUGGGGUGGGAAAUUUGAAGGCGAAGAAGGCGAAAGAAUUGCAUCUGAGUUUCUGGCCGUGGCACCGAAACUUGUUGAUUUGUUCGGAAAGCCGAAUAUUUCUGAUUUCUUUCCACUUCUUGCUGGGCUUGAUAUUCAAGGAGUAAAGAAACAGAUGGAGACUUAUAUGCUAAUUGUCGACAAGAUUUUCGAAACCGUUAUUACCCAACACGAAAGGAAUUUAUCCGGAGAAAUCAAAGAAGGGAAGAAAGAUCUUCUCCAAAUCUUGUUGGAGAUUCAAAAUAAGCAAGAUUCAGAGAUGUCAAUCAGUCGCAGACAAAUUAAGGCAAUAUUUAUGGAUACAGUGAUAGGGGGGACCGACACUACGGCUAUAACACUUGAAUGGGCAAUGGCCGAACUUAUGAAUAACCCGGCUGCGAUGAGGAAGGCUCAGAAAGAAUUAUCGGAAGUAGUGGGAUUGAACGACAUUGUUGAAGAGCUUCAUAUUCCAAAAUUGAAAUAUUUGGAAGCAAUUAUAAAAGAGACAAUGAGGUUGCAUCCAGCAAUACCUCUCUUGAUUCCAAGGUCUCCUUCGCAAUCUUCCACCAUCGGAGGAUAUACAAUCCCGAAGAAUACUACAGUCUUUAUAAAUGUUCGGUCUAUCCAAAGAGAUCCUUCGAUUUGGGACAAGCCAUUGGAAUUUAGGCCGGAGAGAUUUCUUGACGACAAGAUUGAGAAAUGUGAUUAUGGAGGUAACUAUUUUCAUUAUCUACCGUUUGGAUCGGGAAGAAGGAUUUGUGCCGGGAUGCCCCUUGCAGAGAGAAUGUUGAUGUAUUUGUUGGCUUCAUUUUUGCAUUCGUUCGAUUGGAAAUUAGGACAAGGGGAAACACUUGAUAUGUCGGAGGCGUUUGGGAUUGUCCUAAGGAAAGGUACACCGUUGAUUGCUGUUCCAAGUCCUCGGUUAUCUGUUUCAGACCUAUAUGAUUAGUCACACGUACGUUGGUUAAGAAUAAUAAUUGUUGAGGUACUUUCGUUCCGUUUCUGUGAUUUUAUUGCUAAGUAAUGUGUUAUUGUUAUGUAAUUUUACUAUGAAUUUUGAUUUCACCGAUACACAUGUACGCAUGUUGGUGCAGAUAUGGCUAUUGCCUACUUGUUUAUCAUCUA